UAUGCUUCCAGAGUAGAGAGAUAUUUUAGUGUGAUGCAUCUUUAAGAAUAAACGAUCUUUUCCGUGACGCAUGUUUCGCGCGAAACUCAGUUUUGAAAGCUAAAAACAAAUAGCGCCUUUGAAGAAGUUGAAAAUGAGUAAGAAGGAUAACGGCACGACCCUCAUCCUUGCAUAUCUGAAUGAGAAGAACCGGCCAUACAGUUCUCAGGAUGUAUUUUGCAAUUUACAGAAGCAGCAUGGAUUCGGAAAAACGGCGGUGGUCAAAGCUAUGGAGCUGCUGGCUCUAGAGGGCAAGAUAAAGGAGAAAACAUACAACAAGCAAAAGAUUUAUUUUGCUGAUCAGUCUCAGUUUAAAGACGUGGAUGAUGCAGAGCUGAAGGCGAUGGACGCUCAGAUUUCACAGCUCAGCGCAGAUGUGCAGUCCACCACACAGAGCUGCAGACAGCUGGAUGCAGAGCUGAAGGAGCUCAGCAGCUCCCUGACAACAGAGGAAAUGAUAUCAGAGAUCAAGGAGCUGAAAAAGGAGUGUUCGGGGUACAGAGCACGUGUGGAGAAGAUAAAGUCGGCCACAAAUCACGUCACACCGGAAGAGAAAGAGAAGGUUUACAAAGACCGGAAUGUUUACGUGAAAGAGUGGAAGAAGAGGAAGAGACUGGCUUCAGACAUGAUGAAUUCAAUCCUGGAAGGGUAUCCUAAGAGCAAAAAGCAGUUUCUGGAGGAAGUUGGAGUUGAGACUGAUGAGGACUGUAAGGUGGUUGUUCCGAGUUCUUGAAAGAACUAGAACAUGCUUGUUCCUUCGUGUAGGCUGAGCAACACUUAGCUAAGAAUAUCGAUCAUACCUCAGAGCAGUACAGGCUGCAGUGCAUUGUUUAUGCAUGGUUCUUGUACAAAACUACAUCUUUAACAAAAGCAUAUUUAUACAAAAGAAGCUGGUGUUUGCGAGACACAAAUGUGGAAUUUCUAGAUUUACAGAUGCUUGUCAAACCUUAUAGUUGGUUUAUUUUACCCUUUUUGAAUAAAAGCCAUUAAACCAAUCCUGAGCUUCUGAGGAAAAUGACAAGGAAUUAGUUGUGAGGCUUAUGUUCUUUUUUCAUGCGUUAAAAAAUUGUUCAAAUUGUUCCUUAUUUUUGGAAAACUGUAAAUAAAAGACCUUGGUGGAUUAUG